AUGGAGUUAAGAAAAAAACAAGAAAUUGACUUUAGAGAAUCAUUGUAUCAAGUAAAAAUCUUUAUUCUAUAACAAGGAAAUUGAUAAAAUUUAGAAAGUAUUUGUAUUCUAAUGUAAAUUUCGAUUUAUACUUCCGAUAUAGUAUCCAAGAUAGUAAUAAUAGAGUAUUCCUUUAAUUUUAUAAGAAGUCUCACAAUAAUAACAAAAAACUUCUCUAAAAUAGAAUCUAACACUUACAUAGCAGACUUAAUCUCAUAUGUUAUAGAAUCGAGCACAAAAAUAAAUAUAUUAGUUGUCUAUUGAUCUUUCAUAUACUUAAAUAAUGUUUGCUGUAAUAAAACACAGGUGGCUUGAAUUAAUCAAAAAAAUUAUUCUGAAUAGCUUAUUUAAUUAUAGAAUCCAUAUCCAAGUGUGUAAAUUUAAGCUCGACUAAUGUGGAUAUAUUAUUAAAAAUGGAGAUUUAAAAUACUUAAUUAGAUGCAUAUUUUUUGAGCUUUUUCAAAAAUUUUCUUAUAGUUUAUGCCAUUCUGAAUUAUAAUUAUUGAUUGGAGAUUCUCAUAUGAGUUUCUAUAAUUAAUAGAAUGAUGAAUUAUAUUAUAAAUUGAGUCUUCUAUUUGUAGAAUCAUAAAAUACUAAGAAGGUAUUGAAAUGUUUCAAAUUCUCAUAUGAUUUAGAAUAUAAUUCAAGUGUGAGAGAUUUAAGGGAAAGAAUUUUAGAAAAUAAUUUUAUUAAAAGACAAUAAUAGAUCUAAUAGCAACAAUAAUUCAAAUACUGGUCUUCUAGACUAUUUUGGUUUGGCAGUAAAUGCUGCCAAACAUAUACAAAAAUCAUUUUAAUAACAAUAGGCUAAAUAUUAGCCUUAGCCUUAAAACUUUUAUAAUGAAAAAAAAUUUUAUCUGAUAAACGAUGAUCCAUAAAAUAGUUUCUCUAGAAGAGCAAUAAAGAAGGAGGUAGCUCCUCCUUCUCCUAGAAAAAAGAUUAAUCACCCUAAGCCUAUUUUUUAUAAAGAAUAUUAACAUAAUAAAUAUAAGAAAUAACUGAAGAUUCUUUUGCGUUCUCAAUAAUAAGCUAAUUAAUCAGAACACAUAAGAAUAAUUUAUUGA